AUGUUCCGGAGGUGGGUGACCUCGAGAAGCGACGAGGCGGCGGCGGCGGAGGUGGUAAGAGUGGUGGCGGUGGAGGAAGCAGUAGUGGGAGCAGUGGAAGCUCUGGCAGCAGUGGAAGCUCUGGCAGCAGUGGAAGCUCUGGCAGCAGUGGAAGCUCUGGCAGCAGUGGAAGCUCUGGCAGCAGUGGAAGUUCUGGCAGCAGUGGAAGUUCUGGCAGCAGUGGAUCCAGCUCUGGCAGUCGUGGAUCAGGAAGCACAUCAUCUUCAAGGCAAAGACCACUUUAUUCAAACCUACUCCAGAUAUGGGACUGACAAGGAUCACAGCAAUUCGGGCGGCACAUCCAGUUCAGGCUCAGGAACGUCCAGAUCGUAUGGAGGAGGCAGUUACUAUCCUGGCGGCGCAAGCACACCAUAUCCCGCUGGCAGACAAUCUUCAUCCGGCAUAGCCCCUGCACUACUAACCGGCGCGGCUCUGGGAUUCGCAGUAGGUGCAUGGCAUUAUUCAGUGUGGUCGUAUCCAUACCAUGCGCCGUACUAUUACCAACAUCCUAUUGGCAACAACAAAAGCGACAGCAACGGCAACUACACGAUGAACGUUGUUUGUCUCUGCGAAGAAUACCAGACCUGCGGAUGCGAUGAUAACACCAAUAGCACAUACUUGAACGAAAUCAUUGGCGACCCUCCUCACAACUCCAGCGUCGUGACCAUUAUGAAGAACGGUACGAACGAGACCGCUUAUAUCAAUGGUACUCUUGCGAAUGGCACUACAGCCGCUGAUCCAUCUUCUGGGGCCGCAUCUGGUCUGGGAGUGCAGUGGAACGGCUACUUGCCGGCUGUGAUGGUUGUCACUGCCAUGUUCCCCAAUACUCUAACCCACUCGUCUUCGCGACAUCUUUGCAAGGCUAUCAAAAUCACCCGAUUCCGCAGUCAAAAUGCUCGUCACAAAGACCUUCCUGCUGCUCUCGACCGCCCUCUCGGCCUACGCCGCCUCUACCACGACCGUCACCAUCGUCAAUGCCCACAGCAGCACAUCGACAUCGACAUCGACAUCGACGCCGACUCCCACUCCCACUCCUUCCUCCCACUCUCAUUCUCACUCUCACUCUCACACCCCCACCCCAGCUCGUCUGUCGUUAUUCCCUCUAGCCAUCCUGUCAGCUCCAGCUCUGCUGUUGUGUCAGCUACCAGCGCUUCCGGAACUGUCCCUGCCUCUGUGCCAACCACCGAACCUGCUGGCACCGAAACCACCACCGCCGCCUCUACUACACACACCGGUGCUGCUCCCGUCAACCACCAAAUUAAUGGUGCCAUGAUGGCCGGCGUCAUGGCCGUUGCUGGUUUGGUCAUGCUAUAA